GGGACCAAAUGAUUGUCGCUGCAUGUUUAUAUCUCUGUUUUUCCUCAUAUAUAUAAUUUUAUUCAGUAAAGUAAAAGGAGAAUUAUAAUCUAUCUACUGGCAAGGACCUUGGUUUUUCUUGGGGCAGGAGGAUGGGCCAUAAUUAAAAUGGGCGGAUGCUGCUUUUCUGUACCCCACCAUACACAUUAAUUUACUGCUUUUUCGCUGUAAUUGGUAGUAGUUGUUAAGGUUUAUAGCAAAAUCUCAAGAAGCAUUACGGAGGAGGAGAAGGCUUUCUUCAUCAGAUCUAGGAAUUCAACAGCUUCAGGUCCACCAUGAGGUCCAAGACAAAUUCAACUGAUAGCAAGACUAGAAGCUCUGUUUCUAUCUUUAUCGUGGUGGGACUUUGCUGCUUUUUCUACAUAUUGGGUGCUUGGCAGAAGAGUGGUUUUGGAAAGGGUGAUAGCAUAGCACUGGAGGUGACCAAGCUUACAGAUUGUGGAACUUCCUCUUCUUUAAAACCUUCAUCUACUCUAAACUUUGAAACUCAUCAUAGUGAAGGAGCUACCAUUGAGAUUUCAGAAUCAAAAGCAAAAGUGUUUAAACCUUGCAGUGCAAAAUACAUUGAUUACACGCCUUGCCAUGAUCAAAAGAGAGCUAUGACCUUUCCUAGAGAAAAUAUGAACUACAGAGAAAGGCACUGCCCACCAGAGGACGAAAAGUUGCAUUGCCUCAUUCCUGCCCCAAAAGGAUACAGAAAUCCAUUUUCAUGGCCAAAGAGCCGUGAUUAUGUUCCUUAUGCAAAUGUUCCCUACAAAAGUCUUACAAUAGAAAAGGCUGUUCAGAAUUGGGUUCAGUUUGAAGGUGAUGUGUUCAAGUUUCCUGGAGGAGGUACAAUGUUUCCCCAAGGUGCAGAUAAAUAUAUUGACGACCUUGCUAAAGUAAUCCCGAUUUCUGAUGGCACUGCCAGGGUUGCAUUAGAUACUGGCUGUGGGGUGGCCAGCUGGGGGGCAUAUCUCUUCAAGAGAAAUGUUUUGACCAUGUCCUUUGCACCAAGAGAUUCACAUGAAGCCCAAGUGCAAUUUGCCUUGGAGCGUGGUGUACCUGCUGUUAUAAAUGUCAUAGGCACAGAGCGGCUUCCUUAUCCUUCCAGGGCCUUUGACAUGUCUCAGUGUUCACGUUGUUUGAUUCCUUGGACUGCAAAUGAUGGGCUUUAUAUGAUGGAAGUAGAUCGAGUUUUGAGACCAGGAGGUUAUUGGAUUCUCUCUGGACCUCCCAUCAAUUGGAGACAAUAUUACCAGAGUUGGCAGAGAUCAAAAGAGGAGCUUGAGAAGGAGCAAGAUAAAAUUGAAGAAAUAGCAGAGAUUUUAUGCUGGGAAAAGAAAUAUGAAAAAGGUGACAUUGCUAUCUGGCAAAAGAGAAUUAAUAGAGAGUCCUGUCCUAGAAGCCGACAUAAUCUUGAACCAGCUCCUGCUUGUGAAUCAGUCAAUCCUGAUGAUGCUUGGUCUAAGAAAAUGGAACGAUGCAUUACACCUCUACCUAAAGUGAAUGAUCCAAAUGAGGUAGCUGGAGGAGUCCUGGAGAAGUUCCCAACACGCCUAAAUGCUGUUCCUCCAAGAGUUCUCAGUGGUUCAUUACCAGGUGUUACAGCUGAGACGUAUAAUGCUGAUACAAGUUUGUGGAAGAAACAUGUUAAGGCAUACAAAAGAAUAAAUAAAUACAUUGGGGAGACCAGGUAUCGCAAUAUUAUGGAUAUGAAUGCAGGUCUUGGUGGCUUUGCAGCUGCACUCUCAUCCGACAAAGCUUGGGUUAUGAAUGUUGUCCCUAAUAUUGUGAAGGAAAAUACACUUGGUGUGAUUUAUGAACGAGGUUUGAUUGGGAUCUACCAUGACUGGUGUGAAGCUUUUUCAACAUAUCCAAGGACAUAUGAUCUUAUUCAUGCGAAUGGUGUCUUCAGUUUGUAUCAAGACAGGUGCAACGUCGAAGACAUUCUCUUAGAGAUGGACCGUAUCUUGCGCCCAGAAGGUGCAGUCAUAUUUCGAGAUGACGUUGAUGUUUUGAACAAGUUGAAAAAGAUGUUAGGUGGUAUUAGAUGGGAUAGUAAAAUGCUGGACCAUGAAGAUGGGCCUCUUGUUCCUGAAAAGAUACUGGUUGCAGUGAAAAAAUACUGGGUAACUGAUGGUAACAGGACCAUAGAUUCUUGAGAGGGAAUAAGUGUAACGCGAUUUACGUAUUUGUCGAGUACUCCCCUACUUGCAAAAAAUGCAUUUUUACAUUGGCAAGGCAAUUCUUCUAUUUCCGAAAGGAAUGAUGAAAGCUGUGGCUUAAAGCCUUCCUUUGUACUCUGAGGCGAUCACGGGCUUUAUGUAAGAUGAUGGGAUUGAAGGCACCAUUACUUGACUCUUGGUCGAAUAUGAUUUUAUUUCUUGUAGUAUGAUCAUUUUUUUCAAAUACUAAACUAAUUUGAUUUUAUGGUUGUUCA